CCCGCUUCGGGGCAGGGGGCAGGGCCGAGGACACAGGCUGCGCGAAGGGCCGUGACCUGAACCCUGGCCUUUGUGCCUGUCCUCGGGCACCGCUGCUGUCCCCUCUGCAGCCGCCCAAGAGGCCGGACCAGAUUAUUUUAGGAAGAAAGCAACCUGGAAAAAAUGAAAUUUCUUCUCUUCACAUUUGUUGGCAUUCACCUUUUAUUUUUGAGCUCUGGCAAAGCUAUAUACAGGAAUGACACCUCUCAUAGGACUUUUGAAGAAAUAAAAGAAGAAAUAGCCCACUAUGGAGAUGUUGCUAAAGCAAUCAUAGACCUUGCUGUUUAUGGUAAAGCCCAGAACAGGUCCUAUGAGCGAUUGGCAGUUCUGGUUGAUACUGUUGGACCCAGAUUAAGUGGCUCCAAGAAUCUAGAAAAAGCCAUUCAAAUCAUGUACCAAAACCUAAAGGAAGACGGGCUGGAGAAUGUCCACCUGGAGCCUGUCAAAAUACCCCACUGGGAAAGGGGAGAAGAGUCUGCUGUGAUGCUGGAGCCCAGGAUGCACAAGAUGGCUAUUUUGGGCCUUGGAAGCAGCAUCGGGACUCCCCCAGAAGGUAUUACGGCAGAAGUGCUGGUGGUGACCUCUUUCGAUGAACUGCAGAGAAGGGCCCCAGAAGCCAAAGGGAAGAUUGUUGUUUAUAACCAGCCGUACGUCAACUAUUCCAAGACGGUGGAAUACCGAGUCCGGGGUGCAGUGGAAGCUGCCAAAGUGGGGGCUUUGGCAUCCCUCAUUCGAUCAGUGGCUUCCUUCUCCAUCUACAGUCCUCACACAGGUGUUCAGGAAUACCAGGAUGGUGUGCCCAAAAUCCCGACAGCCUGUAUUACAGUGGAAGAUGCAGAAAUGAUGUCAAGAAUGGUUUCUCGUGGCAGCAGAAUUGUCAUCCAGCUGAAGAUGGGGGCAAAGAAUUAUGCAGAUGCUGAUUCCUUCAACACUGUAGCAGAGAUCACCGGUAGCAAGUAUCCAGAGCAGGUUGUACUGGUCAGUGGACAUCUGGACAGCUGGGAUGUUGGGCAGGGUGCCAUGGAUGAUGGUGGUGGAGCCUUUAUAUCAUGGGAAGCACUCUCACUUAUUAAAGAUCUUGGGCUGCGUCCAAAGAGGACUCUACGUUUGGUGCUCUGGACUGCAGAAGAGCAGGGUGGAAUCGGUGCUCUCCAGUAUUAUCAGUCACACAAGGCAAAUAUUUCCAACUACAGCCUGGUGAUGGAGUCUGAUGGGGGAACCUUCUUACCCUAUGGGCUGCAGUUCACCGGCAGUGACAAGGCCAGAGCCAUCAUGAAGGAGAUCAUGGGCCUGCUGCAGCCCAUCAAUGUCACACAGGUCUUCCGUGAUGGAGAAGGGACAGACAUUGAGUUCUGGGUGCAAGCUGGAGUGCCUGGAGCCAGUCUACUUGAUGAUUUGUAUAAGUAUUUCUCCUUCCAUCACUCCCAAGGAGACACAAUGACGGUCAUGAGUCCAAAGGAGAUGAACAUUGCUGCCGCUGUCUGGUCUGUUGUCUCUUACGUCGUUGCAGACCUGGAAGAAAUGCUGCCCAGAUCCUAGCAAGAAAGAGAAAGAAGGCACUUUUGCCCUUUCUAGCCAGGAAUCCCGGGCCUUCAGCUUCAGGAAGCCCCUAUUCACCGAACAACUGUAUCUGAUUCAUUUUCAAAACACAUAUUUUUUCAUAGUAUUAUCCUCUUUUCCAAUACUUUCCACAUUCUCUGUUUCUAAAAUAAGGAAUGAUUUUGUUUCCACCCCCACAUAAAAUUAACAUAUGGUAGGGGUCACAGUGGGGGCACUUCUUUUCACCGCCUGUAAAAAAUAUUGUUUCUACUUGAAAGUGAAAUACUAGAUAGAUCAUUUAUAUGUGUAGUAAUGAACAUUAAAACAAAUACAAUGAUACUAA